UUUUAUUUGAGUGUCAGCCGCGCUAGCAACAGCACGCGCCAGACGCACAAUCCCGUUGACAACUCCAUUGCGAGUUAAUUGAAUUGCGAGUGUAUCUCAGUGCUCCGAUACCGAAUCUCGCGAAUUCCCAAAUCUGUUCAAAUCACGUUUUAUCGAUACUUACGACCUGUGUCGUCGCGCCUUCAAUUCACUUCCGCUUUCAACGGAGUCGCUGGCUAUAUAAGAAACAACUGCAUCAAAAAUGAUAUUCGGUCGCUGCACGCGAAAACAAAUACUCACAAUGAGUGCGCUGGCCGCUGGCGUUGUCUUGGCAAUUGUGGCAAUCUGUGUGUUUAACAGUCAAGCGGAGGGCAAGCAGCCGCCUUGGGCGCAAGUGAACAGGCAAUUAAACAAGUGCUACAAAACGCGUCCGAAUACAACAAACUCAACGCUGGAACUGGUGCACAUUGUCUUUAGACACGGCAUACGCACGCCCGUCGACACCUUUCCAAAAGAUCCUUAUAUCAAGGACAGUUUUAAGCCCACCGGCUGGGGGCAUGUGACGAAUCGUGGCAAAAAGGAGCUCUUCGAGAUGGGCCGCUGGCUGCAUCGACGCUAUGGAGAAUUUAUGGGACCUUUUUACAGACCCGAUCGACUUCAUGCCCAAGCUACGGCCUCGCCUCGAGCGCUGAUGUCGCUGCAAACUACACUGGCCAGCAUGUUUGAGCCACGCGGCACCGUCAUGGAAUGGAACAAGCAGCUCAACUGGCAGCCCAUACCCAUUGUGUCUGAGCCACUGGAUCAAGAUUCGCUGUUGUUGGUGCGAACGCCCUGCCCGCGUUACUUCGAGGCGCGCGACGAGGUCUUCGCCCUACCAGAGGUAAUCGCUCAACAGGAGCCCUACGCGGAUAUGCUCAGAGAGCUGAGCAAUCUGACAGGCAUGCCUAUGCGCAAUGCGGAGGAUGUCAACUCGCUGUACAUAACUCUACUGGCCGAACAGGAGUUUGGCUACAAGCUGCCCGACUGGGCGAAGGAUUACUUUCCCGAGCGCAUGCAAUUCCUUGCCGAACAGAGCUAUGUGUACAAUGCGUAUACGCCCGAGAUGCAGAAGAUCAAAGGUGGCCCCUUUUUGCGCAAAAUGUACGAUGAGAUGCUGGCGAAACAGGCGGGCACAUUGAAGCCCAAAGAGCGCGGCAUGUUCAUCUACACGGGGCACGAUUGGACCGUCGGCAACAUACUAUCCGCGCUUGGCGUUUGGAAGCGCCAGAUGCCGCGCUUUGCUAUCAUGGCCAUCUUCGAAACGCACAAACAUCGCGAGACAGGGGAACACUAUGUGGAGAUCUUUCUGCGCAACGAUGAAUUUGGCUGCCUGGAGCAGCUGAAACUAGACGACUGCGAGUUGCAGUGUCCACUGAAUCGCCUCGUCGAGCUGAGCGAAUCGGUGCUACCCAAUGACCCCGUGGAGCAGCGUUGUCGUGCCCGUAACGCUGAUUUUGUGGAACCACCGCCGCGUCCAAUCGAUCAGCAAUAACUUAUUGAAAUAUCACUGUAAGGCACACAGAACUCAGUAUUAGACGAUGACAGCAGGUCAUGAAAUCAGCGGGAAAAAAAAUUAAAAUAAACUAAAAAUAAACAAA